GAGCAAGUGACAAAUUGACAAUUCGAGCAAAUCAGCGAACCCCAAAUCGGAGGAGCUCCCACACCAGCAAGGCAGCGACAGCCUCUCCCGCGCGACCACCUGUCGCCAUCGCGAAGGGCCCCACCCCGCUGGGCCCACCCGCUUCCGCGCGGCCACACGCGGGCCCCACCCCCGCACCGGAUCCCCCCAUCCACCUCGGCGCCGCGCCGCCGACGCGCGCCGCGGCGGCGGCUCCUCCUCCGAUCGGUCGGUCGGUCCACCUCGCAUGCGCCGCCCCAAUGCCCGCGUCGACCCGCGUGGUGAAUCGCGGGAGGAGGGGACAACCCUAGCUGCGACGACCACGACCGCGAGUCCGGCCGCUUCCUCCAGGAUGGGCGCCCGCCGCAGCGGCGGCGGCAGCCGACGCCGCCUCCUCGUCGGCGCCCUCGCCCUCCUCGUCGCGUCCGUCCUCGCGCUCCUCCUGCUGGUGGCCCGCUCGCCGUCCCGUAGGUAUGGCGUCGUCAUCGACGCCGGUAGCACGGGGAGCCGGGUCCACGUCAUCGCCUACCGCUCAGCUGCUGCGGCGGGGGCGGGGGCGGGGGCGGGGGCGCUCCCGCGGAUCGACUGGGCUCGCACGGCGUCGAUGAAGGCGACCCCGGGGCUGUCGUCCUUCGCGUCCGAUCCGGGGAGCGCGGGCCGGUCGCUGGGGCCGCUCGUGGAGUUCGCGCGGCGCCGCGUGCCGCCGGAGAGCUGGGCGGAGACCGACGUGCGGCUCAUGGCCACCGCCGGCCUCCGGCUGCUCGACGCAGCGGUGGCUGAGGCCGUCUUGGAAUCGUGCAGGGUGUUGCUGCGGGAAUCAGGUUUCCAGUUCCAGGACGAAUGGGCCACCGUGAUCUCAGGAGCUGAGGAAGGGACGUAUGCAUGGAUUGCGGCAAAUUAUGCGUUGGGUACUCUAGGUGAUGACUCACAAGAUACUACUGGGAUAAUUGAGCUCGGUGGGGCUUCUGUUCAGGUAACUUUUGUUACGGAUAAACCUUUGCCUCCGGAGUUCUCUCAUACUCUGAAGUUUGGUGAUGUUACAUAUAAUUUGUACAGUCACAGCUUUCUACAUCUUGGUCAGAAUGUAGCAUAUGAAUCACUCCAUGACAUGCUAAGCACACCUGGACUUAAAUCAAUGGCGACCCAUUUAAUUUCUCAAGCUAAGUACAGAGAUCCUUGCACUCCAAGGGGAUUUUCAUCCAUGGAGGGAGCGGUUAAACUACCUGCUAGUGUUCUCGAGUCAAAGGUUGAUUACAGACCUUAUGCGCAUGCUGUUGGUAACUUCUCUGAGUGUAGAUCUGCAGCACUAACACUAUUGCAGAAAGGAAGAGAGGAAUGUAGAUACCAUGAGUGCCGCAUGGGAGCAGCAUUUGUACCAGAUCUCGUUGGGAAUUUUGUAGCAACAGAGAACUUCUACCAUACUUCAAAGUUCUUUGGGCUGCGCUCAAAGUCUUUUCUUUCUGCUCUGAUGCUGGCUGGGGAACAAUUUUGCCAUGGAGACUGGUCAAAGAUUAAAAAGGAGUACCGUUCUUUCAAUGAGGGGGAGUUGCUGCUUUUUUGCUUUUCAUCGGCAUAUAUUGUUGCUUUGCUGCAUGAUACUCUAAAAGUCCCAUUGGAUGAUAAGAGGAUUGAUGUUGCAAAUCAAAUUGGCGGUAUGCCUGUCGACUGGGCAUUGGGUGCUUUCAUUGUGCAGAAGGCGUCAAACCAGACAGAGUACUCAGAUUCAUCAGUUCCAUAUCUAAACAGCUAUGACUAUUCUGGGUUGGUUCCACUCCUCUUCAUUACCGCUGUCGUUCUAUUUACAGCAUGCUCCAUCCUGAGGGGGAGAAGAUCUCGCCUGAAGACGAUAUACGAUAUGGAGAAAGGCCGGUACAUCAUAACCAGGGUGAGGCGAUGAUAAGCCUUGCACGUCGUCGAUGGGAUUUGGUGGAGUCCCUACGAUGGGGUGGUGCCAGUGGCCGUGUUUGUAAAUUUUCGUAGUAUAUAUAUAUAUACACACGAUAUUUGCUAGGCAGCCAUAUAUGGUUCUGGAUGCUGCCUUGCAGUGUGUGUCUUUGACUGUAAGCAGCCCUUUGUAUGUAAUACAACGCUGUGAGUUGCUGCAAUGCUUGUGCACACAUGCUCAAUGCUGUACUGGUCUCAAAAUGUUGCUGAUGUAGUUGCUGCAAUCUUUUUGUCUCCAGUAUAUGUACCCAUUGUUUUCUAGCACUGACUUGCUGUAAUCUGUGAAUGUACAUUCAGAGAACAAACCUAAUCAUCGAUACCAGUUUUCCAGCCCCAAAGAGAUUGUUUUUCGAUCUAUU